AUGAAGUCCGAAAGAGACCAGCGGCAAGCGUUGAUCAGAGAACAGGAUCAGGCUUAUCAACUUUCGUUGCUAGCUGAUCGGCGGAAGGAAUUGAAACGACUCGAGGAAGAGGAAGUGCGGCGUAAAGAGCGUCUGAAGAAAUCGGAGGAAGAAUGCAUUCAAAGAAAAGAGGAAGAAAAACGAGCUAAAUUCCUCGAGUCUCUAUCCAAAAAAGUUCCUCCUGAACCGAAAGCAAAGUCAAAAUGGCCGACUGCUUUUAUAAGAUUUCGAGCUCCUGACGGAGCGGUUUUUGCACGUGUAGAUCGCAUUGGCAGGCGCACUUGUAGUAGACACGUCGUCUUUUUGUGUUGUAUUAUAUCUAUACACCGCUUCCAUGACUGUACACUGCUUUCUGGCGGCAAUCCUUUUUACGCUUCUGUGGCACCUUUUUGCUAUGCCAUUGCCACUUGGUACAUGCGCGCAUCGCAGUCGAUGCUGGAUCCCCCAGUCGUCCAGGAAGCGCUCAAACUGUCUGCUGCAGAUGGCACACUUGGUGGUGGGUCAGAACUAUCAGAUCUCGCAGGAAAGGGUUUGCGGGAGUUUCGAAACAAGCGCCGACGAUUCUCGCCCCGUGCCAGCGCGCCAAGUCGUCUUGCCGUGUCGUCUUCUCCACGUCCGCCAAAGGGCACGCUGGAGAGUACUGCCGGGGCGGUAGCUCGGCUUUUUGCUAAGCUGCUUUCCGUCACCUCGGGUCCGCGACGUCUACCGGUAACUCACUCGACCAGUCUUGAAACACGGACCAAGGAGUCUCUGACGAACCCCGAAGGCGUAGCGAAAGCAAGAGAAUGCGUGGGGGUGGGUAGGAGAGGUUUCGCGGCGAAAGAAGUCAAGUGGAGAGUCUACUUCCUUCCGCCGCCUAGCCGUGCUCAAUCCCGCCGACGCUUGCCUCAUCGUCCCAUCGUCCUUCUCCUUCUCCAUCUCGAAGCAACCAAUUCGCAUGCAUAG